AUGUCUCUAUAUGCUAAUACAGGACCUCACACAGUUCGCGGUCCUCACGGCAUCACAGUGUUUCUGCAACAACCCAGCAACUCAGCAACACUGUGGUACAACGUUUCACCUCACACAGUUCGCGGUCCUCACGCCAUCACAGUGUUUCUGCAACAACCCAGCAACUCAGCAACACUGUGGUACAACGUUUCACCUCACUCAGUUCGCGGUCCUCACGCCAUCAGAGUGUUUCUGCAACAACCCAGCAACUCAGCAACACUGUGGUACAACGUUUCAUCUCACUCAGUUCACGGUCCUCACGCCAUCACAGUGUUUCUGCAACAACCCAGCACCUCAGCAACACUGUGGUACAACGUUUCAUCUCACACAGUUCGCGGUCCUCACGCCAUCACAGUGUUUCUGCAACAACCCAGCAACUCAGCAACACUGUGGUACAACGUUUCACCUCACUCAGUUCGCGGUCCUCACGCCAUCACAGUGUUUCUGCAACAACCCAGCACCUCAGCAACACUGUGGUACAACGUUUCACCUCACUCAGUUCGCGGUCCUCACGCCAUAACAGUGUUUCUGCAACAACCCAGCAACUCAGCAACACUGUGGUACAACGUUUCACCUCACUCAGUUCGCGGUCCUCACGCCAUCACAGUGUUUCUGCAACAACCCAGCACCUCAGCAACACUGUGGUACAACGUUUCACCUCACACAGUUUGCGGUCCUCACGCCAUCACAGUGUUUCUGCAACAACCCAGCACCUCAGCAACACUGUGGUACAACGUUUCACCUCACUCAGUUCGCGGUCCUCACGCCAUCACAGUGUUUCUGCAACAACCCAGCAACUCAGCAACACUGUGGUAUAACGUUUCAUCUCACUCAGUUCACGGUCCUCACGCCAUCACAGUGUUUCUGCAACAACCCAGCAACUCAGCAACACUGUGGUACAACGUUUCACCUCACUCAGUUCGCGGUCCUCACGCCAUCACAGUGUUUCUGCAACAACCCAGCACCUCAGCAACACUGUGGUACAACGUUUCACCUCACUCAGUUCGCGGUCCUCACGCCAUAACAGUGUUUCUGCAACAACCCAGCAACUCAGCAACACUGUGGUACAACGUUUCACCUCACUCAGUUCGCGGUCCUCACGCCAUCACAGUGUUUCUGCAACAACCCAGCACCUCAGCAACACUGUGGUACAACGUUUCACCUCACACAGUUUGCGGUCCUCACGCCAUCACAGUGUUUCUGCAACAACCCAGCACCUCAGCAACACUGUGGUACAACGUUUCACCUCACUCAGUUCGCGGUCCUCACGCCAUCACAGUGUUUCUGCAACAACCCAGCAACUCAGCAACACUGUGGUACAACGUUUCACCUCACUCAGUUCGCGGUCCUCACGCCAUCACAGUGUUUCUGCAACAACCCAGCACCUCAGCAACACUGUGGUACAACGUUUCACCUCACUCAGUUCGCGGUCCUCACGCCAUCACAGUGUUUCUGCAACAACCCAGCACCUCAGCAACACUGUGGUACAACGUUUCACCUCACACAGUUUGCGGUCCUCACGCCAUCACAGUGUUUCUGCAACAACCCAGCACCUCAGCAACACUGUGGUACAACGUUUCACCUCACUCAGUUCGCGGUCCUCACGCCAUAACAGUGUUUCUGCAACAACCCAGCAACUCAGCAACACUGUGGUACAACGUUUCACCUCACUCAGUUCGCGGUCCUCACGCCAUCACAGUGUUUCUGCAACAACCCAGCACCUCAGCAACACUGUGGUACAACGUUUCACCUCACACAGUUUGCGGUCCUCACGCCAUCACAGUGUUUCUGCAACAACCCAGCACCUCAGCAACACUGUGGUACAACGUUUCACCUCACACAGUUUGCGGUCCUCACGCCAUCACAGUGUUUCUGCAACAACUCAGCACCUCAGCAACACUGUGGUACAACGUUUCACCUCACUCAGUUCACGGUCCUCACGCCAUCACAGUGUUUCUGCAACAACCCAGCAACUCAGCAACACUGUGGUACAACGUUUCAUCUCACUCAGUUCACGGUCCUCACGCCAUCAGAGUGUUUCUGCAACAACCCAGCACCUCAGCAACACUGUGGUACAACGUUUCACCUCACACAGUUUGCGGUCCUCACGCCAUCACAGUGUUUCUGCAACAACUCAGCACCUCAGCAACACUGUGGUACAACGUUUCAUCUCACUCAGUUCACGGUCCUCACGCCAUCAGAGUGUUUCUGCAACAACCCAGCAACUCAGCAACACUGUGGUACAACGUUUCAUCUCACUCAGUUCACGGUCCUCACGCCAUCACAGUGUUUCUGCAACAACCCAGCACCUCAGCAACACUGUGGUACAACGUUUCAUCUCACUCAGUUCACGGUCCUCACGCCAUCACAGUGUUUCUGCAACAACCCAGCAACUCAGCAACACUGUGGUACAACGUUUCACCUCACACAGUUCACGGUCCUCACGCCAUCACAGUGUUUCUGCAACAACCCAGCACCUCAGCAACACUGUGGUACAACGUUUCAACUCACUUUUUUCGCGUUCCACAGUGUUUCUGCAACAAUUUAGAACCUAAGCAAUACUGUAGUCUUUUCAUUCUUCUUUGA